AUGGCAUCCCGCGGCUCAAGUCACCCGACACCUUCGGAGUUAUUCCUCGCAAAGAAAAAGAAAGAGAUUCUAGACAGAUCUAUGGCUCUCAUCCUCAAGAAAUUGGACGAAUGCCUUGAAAACCCCGUUCCAACAGCACCAAGGCGCCGUGUGGCGAAGCGGGCGAGAGACGACCAGGACACUGCUGCUGUUGACGACCGCGUCGCUGCCGGCGCCGCCACCACCACCACCGACGACGCUAUCGACACGCGAAACAAGAAGAAGCUGAAGCAAGACCCGGCAGCGGGACGCCGGUUCGCCUGUCCGUUCUUUAAGCACAACGCGGCAAAGUACAAGCAUGUCAAGACCUGCUGUGGCCCCGGGUGGAAGGACGUCCACCGGGUGAAGGAGCAUCUAUAUCGUCGCCACUCGGCUAAGAACUCUUGCGCGAGGUGCUUUGAGCAGUUUGAGGAUGAGGCCGCUCUCAAGGAUCACCAGCGGUCUGAGGAGCCGUGCAAGCUUGAGAAGCACAAUAUACCUGAUGUCAUCACGGAGGAAAAGGACAAGCUCUUGCACGCUAGGGCCAAGGCUGGGCUUUCUGAGGAGGAUAAGUGGCGGGAGAUGUAUCGGAUUCUCUUCCCUGGCGAGAGGGUUCCAUCUCCCUACUAUGAUGACUCGGAUGGGACAGGCCCGGAUAACGAGAAUGGAGGGUCGUCCAGAAACUGGGAGGAGUUCAAGACGUUUGCCCGGCAGGAGGUACCCAGACUGAUCAAGCCUCUGUUGCAGCAGUACAUCGAUAAGUACUUUGAGGACUUUGCAGAGAAGAUGAACCAAAAGUCGAUUGAGGUCGCCAAGGUGGUGGAAAGCCAGGUCCUGCGCACCUGGAUCUUUAGGGAGGAGCAGCAGCAUCUGUUCCCGCCCGGAGGUGCAGCGCCGUCGUCUCCUCCGCCGUCGGUUUCCGCCCGGGCAUCCAGCCCAGAGGUCGAUGUGAAGCCUGCGAGUUACAAUGAAGUGAUGGAUGAGUGGAGGGACAACCCACACAGCGGAGAGUUCUGGGCUGACAUGAUGAGCGGACCUCUUUCUCUGGACAAUUUCUUGGCUGAUGCGAGCCACAUGGGCCUGGGCUGUGGGAAUGAUAUCUUCAGCGCUGACUCGGCCUACUUUACGAAUCCUGUCUCAGACAGGGAGAUCACUUCCAGCUCUGGCCUGCAUCAGGUUGCUGGGGCUGUUAUGGGUGCUGCUGUUGGCGCUGCUCCGAUGUACCCGCGAUAUUUGUAG